CCCCCCGCAAGCGCCAUUCGGAUUGCCUCCCCCACGAGGAACCCCAAAUGGGGGAGCACGCAAAGAUGAUGCCUCUGCAGAGAUAAGCCAGCGGAGUGCCCCUCCCGUUUGCCUGUUAGCGGCCACUCCGUCGUGCCGCCCCCUUACGUGCUGCCUCCUAGCGCCCACUUCCCCGUGCCGCCUCCUUACGGGGCGCCCCCCAAAAUGAUCGCCUUCGACGAGCUCUUCGAGUUCCUACGGGAGGCAGAACUAACGUGCGACAACUUUAACGAGCAGGUGGAAGAGCAGGAGGCCAUCAUCCUCUUCCUAAAUGAGUUAAAACUCUACAUCGCCGAUCUCUCCCUUUCGCUAAAGCAUAAGAUAAACGCCUCGGAUGAUGUUACCGAGCACGACAUUUUGAAGAAGAUCAUUAACAAGAAGGAGAGUCUGGAGUGGGUCCUUCGGAACAAGAGGGAUGCUUUUCUAGGGGAGGACCACUCGGGCGGGAGCUCUUCCCCGCUCAUCUGCGUUGAAGGGGCCAACCGAGGUGUAAACGCAGACGCAUCCUCAAAAGUGAGCUCCCUUGAGAAGGAGCACCCAACCCCGUCGCACAGUCUUUCCUUUACAACGCAGAGGUAUAAUAACGUGGAACCAUCGCCUACCGGGGGGGAGGCCCCAAAUGAACAGGAAUUCCCCGCAAAGGAAUCCCCCGCAAAGGAAUCCCCCGCAAAGGAAUCCCCCGCAAAGGAAUCCCCCGCAAAGGAAUCCCCCGCAAAGGAAUCCCCCGCAAAGGAACCCCCCGCAACAGCCCAAUCGGAGCGCAACGAAAGCUACGACCAGGUGGAAACCCUAAAUGAUGAGGUCCUAAAGGAAUGGAGCGAGCAAAUUGACGAAUAUGACAACCUCCUGUACGAAUACUCCUUUGCAUUUAAAAAAAAUGAUUUGCAUAAAAAAAUGGAAUUCCAAAAAAAUAUGAACAAGUCAGGUGAAAAUAUCGAUGAGGAGUUGUGCCUACUGGCACAGGAAAUGAAGGAAAACGUGCUGACGUACAGAAACAUAAUUGUGGAGGACAACCGCAUGCUGGAGCAGUCGGCCAACAAGCAGCUUUCCAAUUUGGAUAACAUAACUGAUGUGUAUAGGAAGACCAAGAAGAUGGGGCAGAGCAAAAGCAUUUCCUUCUUCGUGUCGCUCCUCAUAAUUGCCGCGUCGGCCCUGCUGUUCGUGCUCACCUUCUUCGUCAUCCUCAUUUUGUAG